UCCAGGGAGAAUGUCAGGGAGCAACCAGCGACAGGACCUGGUGCUCAUUAAAGAGCUGGAGCUCAUUUUGGAUUCCUGCGCGCUGGAGCUCACACCAGUGGAUGAAGUCUGGCCUAACCUGUACAUAGGAAAUGUGGCUGUGGCACAGAACAGAAAGACAUUACACAAGCUCGGCAUCACUCAUGUCCUGAACGUAGCGCACUCCAAGCAGGGCAGCAUCGGUGACCAGAGUUUUUAUGGGAACACCUGUGUUUACUUAGGGAUCCCAGCAGAGGAUUCAGACCACUUUGACCUCAGUCAGUACUUCAAACCUGCAGCUGACUUCAUACAUAAAGCCCUGAAGAGCAAAGAUGGGAAACUGCUGGUGCACUGCAUUAUGGGCGUGAGUCGAUCAGCCACUUUGGUCCUGGCGUACUUGAUGUUGUGGCAGCGUCUCCCUCUGAGAGAUGCUCUGAAGCAUGUCAUCCAAAAACGAGCCAUUUACCCCAACCGGAACUUCCUGUCCCUCCUCCUCAAGCUGGAUGAACAGCUGACACUCAAGCGAAGGUUGUGUCCUCUUCUCUGACGCCCAUCAUCCAUUAGUCACCUCAGGACCUCUCUCUUUCCAUGUGUUACACUCCAGUCUAAUCAAUAUUUCAUGACAGUAUUUGUAAAUAAUGAUUUGUUAUCACAAUGUGUGUGUGAUGUAGUUAGCGGUGUGAUUCUGAUGGUGGAGUUACACUAAAUUCCAUAUUUUUAUUUUUAAGGUAGUCCACUUUUGUUGCACAAGUUUAUAAUCUGGGUACAGCAGCAAUGGUCAUGUUGUUAAGUACUGUAAAUAUUUAAGUACAGUGUCAGAUUUGUUUUUCAUAUUCAAAAUGUUACCUGUCAGUGUUGUCAAGCAUGUCCACGAGCUUUGUAAAUAUAGUUUCAUGAUCAUUGUCAAUGUCCAUUAAAGACAUUUUAUGAUAUUUCAUUUAAA